UCCUCAGCUCACUCGUGCGCUUUCUUUCUGACAAUAGAAUGUGGACGGUGCGCCGGACGAUGAUAUUGUCUCGCAGCAAAGGUAUGCUCUCCCCACACGCGCUUGCUGUACUGUCCCUGCGACCUUUGACCUGAACACCAGUGAAGGGAAUGGAUGUGGAAGUGCAGCACAGAAGAUGCACUCCGCGGCGUUCGUAUGGAAGGCUGUUGGGCUUGGAAGUUGGGGGGCGUCAGGGCAUCGGGUGUCAUUGCCGCGUUGUGGAUGUCAGAUCUAGGAUCUUGGAAAGUUCGCAUCUAUGCAUGUGCACAUUCCUGCACAUUCUCAGGUUGACAUUGUUGGAAAGCCAUAUAUCUUCGUUGGAGUGCUCCGUUCUGGGCGGAUGAGGGGAUGAAAAAUGUCCCUGACAAGAUAAAAACCAAGCCAAGGACUCAAUAGCGUCACAUUGUGACUAUCUGAUGCACUUCCCGCUGCGCGCUUCAGCCUGAGCCCUUGCCUACGCCGGCGCAGUCUCGCUGGUGUAGCCAUCUUCCCUUUUCCCCUUCAACAGCCACAUGCGUGCUCCCAGUCCCGGACUGUUUCACCGCCUGAACAUUGCCCUCAGACUGUCCCCUGCAGCCGCAUCAUUCCCACCCUCGUCAAAAGCGGCACCCCUUCAACUCGUGCUUCAGCUUUUUGCAUGGUCUGUCACGACCAUCGGCCGCCUCGUUCUCCACUUCCACAUACUCCUGAUCUCCCUCUAUGCGCUGCGCCAUGUCUGGAAUCGCGUGCUGGAGUACGUCACCCUGCAACUCGUCGGACAUUGGGAGCCUGCAUUUCCGCAGAACCGCACAUACUUCAUCGUGGCGCUCAUCACGGUCCCGAUAUGGUCUGCGGGCAUGGCGGGCGCAUUGGCAGUGUUAGCGGGGGUCCGAUACUUGUGGCGACGACUCGGGAGAGGCAGGACAAGACUGUAUGACCCGCUGGCAGAUUUCGAAUCCGAGGGAGGGUCUCCACGUCGACUACGUCCACCCCCAGCACGGAGGUCCAUUCCCUGGCUGUUUUUCCUCUGGUGCGGUUUCGUUGGAAUGGCUGCGUUUGGUGUCUACAUGCGCCGGACCUACGAGCUGCCGAUCGACCACCGCUUCAAAGCCGAUGUCGAGCUUGCCAAUCGGGAACUACGAAGAGAAGGAUACGGGACGGGAGAGAAGAUCUUUUUGGCUGCCAUGUUCUACAAUAACGCUGGGGUGCUCCCGUACUGGAUCACGGAGGUCACCAAGCUGAUCAACUACUUGGGCCCCGACAACGUCUUUGUGUCCAUUGUGGAGUCGAACAGCGGUGACGAAACGGCCACGCUUCUCGAGGCCUUUGACGGGACUCUCGCCUCGAUGGGUGUCUCGCGCUCGGUCCUCACACGCGACACGUCGAUACCGCGUCCCCAGUCGAUGGAAACGAAGACGCCUCGCAUCGAGUUUCUUGCAGCAGUGAGGAACUUGGUCAUGAAGCCGCUUGCAACACAUACCGAAUACACGCGAGUAGUGUUUAGCAACGAUGUUUUCAUCGAGGCAGAGAGCAUUGUGGAACUCAUUCAGACGAAAGAAGGGGAUUAUGAUAUGGCCUGUGGACUCGAUUUGGCGUAUUGGGGAUUGUACGACCAAUGGGUCAUCCGCGAUCGACUUGGAGGCCUGGCAUCAACGGUCUGGCCAUAUUUCCAGGAAAGACUGGGCUAUGAAGCUGUGAUGGCAGAUGAACCCGCGCCGGUAUUUAGCUGCUGGAACGGUAUCGUGUCCUUCAAGUCUGACCCGUUCCUCCCCCCUUCGAAACGACACGGCCAGCUCUCGACGUCCCCGUUAUCUAGACCACUAUUACCAACUCAUCCUUCUGCUGCGACGACCCCGGCGAACAUGACGCCGGCAGAAACGCCCGCUCUGAUCUUCCGUGCAUCCACCGAGACGGAAUGCUUCAGUUCGGAGAGCUUUCUCCUCCCCUACGACUACCGGCGGCGCUUCGGGCUGGAGAAGAUCUAUGCGAAUCCACGUGUGAUCAACUCGUACACCUGGGAGUUCUAUGUUUGGUUCAAGUACGUCUGUAGGCACUGGAUGGUCAAGUGGUGGAUCGAAAACGUCGAGUCGGGGGGCCAGAUGUUCCGUGCCAAGAUGAUUCUAGGAAAUCCCAGCAACUUAUAUACUUCGGACGGCUUUGAAUGUCAUCCGUGGCGGUAACAUACGACUCGUUUUGUAAUUGCAUGUCAAUGAUUUCGGAGAUCUAUGUGCUAUAAUGAUAGAUGUUUUGCUCUCCGCUUGAAGACGGAUCGUCCCUAUUCCAGUAAUACAUCCUGUAGACUUGCACAAGCGAAUGGAUGAAUUGCACGUGCAAUAUCUCCAAGAUCACGUGCAACAUCUCCGCUUCCCUCUCGCUGAUGUCAACCUGUCCAAUCAUGCAAAUAGAAAGCACAAGGCAUGACAGGGAGAAAAGGCGUAUUAAAAACAACAAACAGGAUAGAGAACUAGAUGUAAAGAAAACAGAGCACGUGGAUGUGAGAGGUUGAGAAGAUGAGUGCAAUGUGAUGCUUUUGGGUACGACCGCUCUCACUCGCCGUCCAUCGUGACAUCCAUCAUGGUAAGAUCGCCAUCGACGGCCUCAUUCUUAUCCUCUUGCUCCGCAGCGACCCCGUUCGUUUCCUCUGUGUGAACUUUCUCUUCUUCAGUGCCAUUCGCUGCGGCGCCAUCGGUAUCUGGCCCGGCUUUAUGCGCAUUGAGAAUCUGCUGCCACUUGUCAACCAGGGCCUUGGCCCUUUCACGGAACUUGAAGUCGGCGUCCCGGGGAGCCCGUUCGUCCUCAAGAAGAU